GCGGGGACACGCUAACCCACGAAGACGCUUGUGUUGUUUUUUUUUUAAUUGGUUGGAGUUCAACAACAAAGGGGAGUUUGUUUUUGUAGUUGGUGUCUGCAAAAAAAUAAAAUACAAAUACAAAUAACGAACUCAAAAAUUACAUUGUAUGUCGGGACUGUCGCAGUGAUCGCAAUGAAGACCGCGCUGUUGCACGUCGCGUUGUCCUGCAGCCUCUGCGUUGCAAUAGCGACGAGCGGGUUUUUUGACAGCGUGCUGGUGGAUCUCGGAUACGAACAUUACGCGGAGAGGCCGGUGAGCCUGCUCCCUGCGUGUCUCGCUAUGCCCUUCAAUUCCCUGGUCAAUCUGGGCUAUGUGCUGCUGGGGGUUUACUGGCUGCGCAGAGGCACAGAGAAUGCGGGAAGAGGAGCCUAUUUCAAAGACGUUUUCGCACUGAUGGCUUUGGUUUACGGUCCCAUACAGUGGCUUCGCAUUGCCACGCAGGCUCGCCGGCUGGCCGUGCUGGAUCAGUGGUUCACGCUGCCGAUUUUCGCUUGGGUUCCGAUUUGGUGCCACUACAUCGCCGGCGGGUGGAGCCCCCGUCACGUCCUGGUCGUGGAAGCCGCCUCUCUCUGCAGUUACGGGCUGGCACUGUCCCACGACCUCGGGUUCGAGUUGGCACUGGGCUGUCACGUCGCCUUGGCCGUGACCCAGGGGCUCAGAAUCCAGCGGCGGUUCGGAGACAGCCAGUCCCUGGCGUGUUUGGCUGGGGCGGUUCUGUCCUGCGUGGGUUUCGUGGUUUUAAAGUUGCUGGAUCACCGUCUGGCCGAGCAGUUGUGGAUCUUCCGCCACCUGAGCGGACAUUUCUGCUCCAAAGUGUGUGACGUUUUGCAAUUUCAUUUUAGUUUUCUUUUUUUGUGGCGCUUGACGGGGCGAGAGAAGCAAGGGCGCUCAGAAUAAACGGCAUUUCUGCUAAAUAAAUAACAUGCUGUAAUACCCCUGAACAGAUAGCCUGUCUCCCCUUUAAAUAACACUAUGUAACACAAUUUUUGUUCCUGGGUAGUAAGUGUUAUUUCCUAAUUGCUAUGCCUCAAAAGU